AUGUCACAAUACUCUGUGUUCGUGUGCGCGCGCGGGAGCGAGCGCGCGCAUUGUUUGCAUGUCUGUUCUUUUACAGAGCCAGCCUUCGGGGAGGUCAACCAGCUGGGAGGGGUAUUCGUGAACGGGAGGCCUUUACCCAACGCCAUCAGACUCCGCAUCGUGGAACUGGCCCAAUUGGGCAUCCGACCCUGUGACAUCAGCCGACAGUUAAGGGUAUCCCACGGCUGUGUCAGUAAGAUACUGGCGCGUUACAAUGAGACAGGCUCCAUCUUACCUGGGGCGAUUGGGGGAAGCAAACCCCGGGUCACUACCCCCACAGUAGUGAAACAUAUCCGGACCUACAAACAAAGGGACCCAGGAAUCUUUGCCUGGGAAAUCCGAGACCGUUUGCUAGCAGAUGGCGUGUGUGACAAGUACAACGUGCCUUCGGUCAGUUCCAUUAGUCGAAUCCUGCGCAACAAGAUUGGGAACUUGUCUCAGCAGAGCCAGUACGACUCUUACAAACAGCAUCAGCCACCGCCGCAACCCGCCUUGCCUUAUAACCACAUAUACUCCUAUCCGAGUCCCAUCACUGCAGCUGCAGCCAAAGUACCCACUCCUCCCGGAGUUCCCGGAAUUCCCGGCAAUAUGGCCAUGCCUCGAACCUGGCCCUCUUCGCACUCUGUCACUGAUAUCCUGGGAAUCCGCUCCAUCACAGACCAAGGUGUGAGCGACAGCUCCCCCUACCACAGUCCAAAGGUGGAAGAGUGGAGCAGUUUGGGCCGCAACAACUUCCCCACCCCAGCUCCGCACCCGGUCAACGGACUGGAGAAAGGCUCUUUGGAGCAGGAGGCCAAAUAUGGACAGGCACCAAAUGGUCUCCCAGCCGUCAGCAGUUUUGUGUCAGCAUCUAGCAUGGCUCCAUACCCUACCCCAGCCCAAGUGCCACCUUAUAUGACAUACAGCGCUGCUCCUUCUGGUUAUGUUGCUGGACAUGGCUGGCAGCAUGCUGGCAGCACUCCACUCUCCCCCCACAACUGUGACAUCCCAGCAUCGCUGACAUUCAAGGGCAUGCAGACAGCCAGAGAAGGUAGUCACUCUGUUACAGCUUCUGCUCUCUGA